GAAACAAACAGAAAAACUUUUCUUAGAGAGAGAAAACAAGAGAGAGAAAGCUUUUUUCUCCUUUUUCCUCAAUCCUCUUUCUCAGAGGUGGUCGAAGAGAGGUUCCUCUUCUAAGAUCAUCCUGAAAAGAGCACUCAAUAUAACAAAAACAAAAAAAAUAAAAAAAAAAUAUUAAAGCUAGAAUUUUGAUUACCAACAUAAUUUUCUUUGGAUUUUUAAUUCUACAUUCAAUAAUAUUCCCACAUUCUGCAUUUGCUUAAUUUGUUUGAAAAUUCCAAGAAUUUCAUUUUCUGCUAAACAUUGAAUCUUGGAAAUUUUGACGACUCGGGGUUUACAAAUAAUGGUGAAAACAGAGUAUAGAGUUGUGCAGAUAAGCAAAUAUAUGAUUCUAUGUCCGAGUGAUUUGUCAUUGCUCGGAGGAGAGUCAUUUCAUACGAAAAAGCUGGCGAUUUUGUGUGAGAUUUUGUAUAGAGGUCUGGCUUUUGGCAGAAAUUAUUACUGCCUUAACAUAUGGUUUUGCAAGCAAUGAGGCGUAGAUGGAACAUUUAUGGAAUCAAGUUGUUGUCCUAUUUCUCCAUUUUGAUUCUUCUUUUGGAGGUUCAUGGAUGUUGCUCUCUCAAUUCUGAAGGAUUGGCAUUGUUGGAAUUCAAAUUGAAAGUUGAAUCUGAUCCUAAUGGAGCUCUUGAAAACUGGAAUGCCAAUGACUGCGACCCGUGCAUGUGGUCUGGUGUAGAGUGUCUGGACGGUAAAGUGAAAACGCUAAAUAUCCAUGGAUGUUCUUUGGAAGGAAUACUGGCAUCGGAGCUUGGAAAUCUUACUCACUUGAGAUCGCUCGUGCUCUCAGGAAACCACUUCUUUGGUGCUAUUCCUAAAGAAUUUGGACGACUCAAUAGGCUCGAAGUGCUUGACUUGAGCGAUAAUAAUUUUAGUGGAACAAUUCCAGCAGAGAUAGGAGACUUACAAUCACUAAGAAUCUUGUUGAUUCGUAACAAUAACUUUGAAGAGAGUGUUCCUUUGGAAAUUGGGAAGCUUCAUUUAGUCUCAGAAUUGCAAUAUGAUGAGAAUCUCACUUCUGGUUUUGCUUCCGGAACUCGCUGUAUAAGAAAAUUUCGGCAUUGCAUUUGGCAUGGCAGCUUGAGGCCAUUCAAGACCAUAACCUCCUUUAUCGAACCAAUAAAAGGAACACUUUUCCGUUACCUCAAUUUCUUCCAAUUGUCAUCCCCUGGAAACGGCUUUUUGGAUGACCAUAAAGAGGAGAUUGCACGACGUAAGUUAGCUGAACAAUCCAGUAAUCUUGCUGCUGCUCCUGCUAAUAUUAAAGGACCAUUGGGUCCUGUUAUUCAAAUGCCGAGUAGUAGAAGUAGUGGUUCAUUUCGCGCUGUGCCAAAUACCGAUGGAACAACUCCUACAAACUUACCUUUCUCACCUCCACAGCAUGAAUCUCAAGACAGAUUAAAUCCCGAGGGACAGCCUAUGAGUGCUUUUAAACAGCCAAGUCCUGUUAAACAGCCAACUAAUAGUCAAACUCCACCUGCCGGAAAGUCUGAAAGUCCUUGGAAGUAUGUAGUUGGGAUUUUAGGUGGAGUAUUUUUGCUCAUUGUUGCCGUAUCUGUGUUCUUAAUCUGCCGAAGCAGAGCAGCUAGAACGAUUGGUCCUUGGAAAACUGGAUUGAGUGGACAGCUACAAAAAGCAUUUGUUACAGGGGUACCAAAACUAAACAGGUCCGAGCUCGAAACAGCAUGCGAGGAUUUUAGCAACAUUAUUACAAGCGGUGAUUCAUAUAUAGUACACAAAGGAACACUAUCCAGCGGAGUGGAGAUCGCCGUUAUCUCAACUACAAUAAGUUCUGUCAAAGAUUGGUCCGUCCACUCAGAAACAGCCUUCAGGAAGAAAAUCGAUACAUUUUCAAGAGUGAACCACAAGAAUUUUGUUAAUCUUAUUGGAUAUUGCGAGGAGGAUGAACCUUUCACUCGGAUGAUGGUCUUUGAGUAUGCUCCUAACGGAACUCUUUUCGAACAUCUUCAUGUUGAAGAAACCGAUCAUCUUGACUGGCCUGCAAGGAUCAGGACGAUCAUGGGUACAGCGUAUUGUCUUCAGUACAUGCAUGAUUUGAACCCACCCGUGCCACAUUCCACUUUGAAUUCGAAGGCCAUAUUUUUGACCGAUGAUUAUGCCGCUAAGAUUACAGAGACAGAUUUCUGGUCAGAACUAACAGCCAAGUCAAAGUCCUCUAGUGAUGAUUUAGAGAACUCAGAGCUGCCGCCGCUUGCUGAUCCUGAAAUGAAUAUCUAUAGUUUUGGGAUUCUUUUGCUAGAAAUAAUUUCUGGAAAAUCGCCUUAUUCAGAAGAAAAGGAGUCUCUUCUGAACUUGGCGGCGAAAUAUCUUCAUGAUAAGCAGAAUAUCAUCUCAUUGGUGGAUCCAACAUUGAAGUCUUUCAAGAAUAAUGAGCUUAUGGUUAUUUGUGAAGUAAUUGAACAAUGCAUACAAGAAGAUCCAAGGAAGAGACCAACUAUAGGAGAAGCCAUUGCAAAACUAAGGGAAGCAAUUCAUGUAUCACCUAAUGCUGCAGUUCCAAGGCUUUCUCCUCUAUGGUGGGCUGAACUUGAGUUAUUAUCAAGUGAGGCUGCUUAAUGUGGCUUAAUUUACCUGUCUACUUUGCAUGUUCGAGUACGUGUUGCGCGCUUUACUACGUAUGAAUACACGAAUACAUCAUUUCUCGUAAAUCUCCUCGUAGUUGUAUUUAAUUGUCCUCUGUAUAUUUAUGAGUUUAUAUUGGUUUGUUCUUUAUUAUUGGAGCAACAAGUUCAGUUAGGAUUCACAUAGCUGAUCUUAGCUUGCUUGGGAUUGAGACGUUGUUGUUGCUGUAUAUUGCGCGUCUGCUUUGUAAGUCGAGUGUUGCUAUUUUGCUAUGUAUGUAUGAAUAGAUGCAUACAUCAUUUCUCUUAAAGCCUCCUCAUAGUCGUAUAUAUAUUGGUUUAUUCUUUUUUUA